AGCACCGGUCGCCGGUUCGUGAUGCUCGCCAGUGUUCGGUUUCCGGCUUUUCCUAUCGGUCGAAUACUGCGUUCGCCCGCGCGUUCCCGUGUCCGCAGCACACUCAAUAAACCCUAAAUACAACUACCCUCGUAUCGCGAACGGAAAAACAACGUCGUUUCGCGGUUCAUUUAUAUAAUUUUCGCUGUGUCCAUCGCGUUUAGUGCCGUCGUCGCGAAAGUGUGAUCGCCGUAAAAUCUAAAAUUUUUCGCGAAAAACAAUAACCCGAGUGCGCUGUAUAUGACAUUCAGGAUUAUACAAAAAGUGGACACCCGAAACUGCAGCAGCGGCGGACUCAGCGACAGCGAUUGGAGGCCGCGUUGAUCGUCGUCACCGUUCUGGGCACCGGUUGACUACAGCCAUCACGACGCCAGUGGGUCAGGACGCCGCAGGGGCGGUGCACCAGCCGCCUUAUGCCCGAAGCUGCCGUAUCCGUCCGACGCAGGUUGGCGGCGGCGGCCACAUGGCCACUUCGUCGUUGGCCACUACGUUCGGCUUGCAGUUUUACCCGGACGAGACUCCCGGGCAAGGAGGCGCGACCGACCCGCUAGCCGCCAGACCACCGGUGGCCGGACUGCCCGGCCAAUCGUCCAUUACCGGUUCGUCACAGUCGUCUCCUUCGUCCGUGGCCGCAGCGGCAGCGGCCGCCGCAGCCGCAGCCGCAGCAGCCGCGGCUACUGUGCAAUCGUCCCAGCAGCCUAUGUACACCACGUCGGCCACCAACAGGAGCACGUCGCCGCUGAACCCUCAGAACCACUUGGCUACCCAUCCGUUCCACAUGUCGUUCCCGGUAACGCAGACCCAUAACAUAAGCAGAGGCGGAGGCGGCGGUCGGUGUAGCAGCCUGAUGAUGAGUUGUGCGGGCUGCGACAAACCCAUCAUGGAUAAGUUCCUUUUGAAUGUGCUGGACAGGGCGUGGCACUCGGAGUGCGUUAAAUGUGUCGACUGUCACGGCACGCUGUCCGACAAAUGCUACAGCAGGGACGGCAAAAUCCUAUGCAAACCCGACUUUUACAGGAGGUAUGGUAAAAAAUGUAACGGAUGCGCCCAGGGAAUUUCGCCCACUGACUUGGUGCGGAAAGCCCGGGAUAAAGUGUUCCACCUCAACUGUUUCACGUGCAUGAUAUGCCGGAAACAGUUGUCCACCGGCGAAGAACUGUACGUGCUCGAAGACAACAAGUUCAUAUGCAAAGAGGAUUACAUAUCCGGCAAGAACGGACAAGGCGUCGAUUCGCUACCGUAUUCGGGUUCGGAGGACGAGGAAGACGACGAGACCAACUCGAUACCGUCGACCAAACACCAUCACAUCGGCGGUCUACACGGGCCCGGUGGUCCUGGGUCGAUAAUGCCGCCGACCACGCCUGAAGCCAACAACAACUCGCUGUCGGCCGGGGACCUGCAAGCGCCGCACUCGGGCAUGGAUCUCAAGGAGGACUCCGAAGACCAGGGAUCGUUGGACGGCGAUCCGGAGACCCGGGACAGCCAGACGGAGAACAAGUCGCCGGACGACGGCAAUUCCGGAUCGAAGAGACGCGGGCCCAGGACCACGAUCAAAGCGAAACAGCUGGAGAUACUGAAAACCGCGUUCUCGCAGACGCCCAAGCCGACCAGGCACAUCCGCGAACAGCUAGCCAAAGAGACCAGCUUACCCAUGCGAGUCAUACAGGUGUGGUUCCAGAACAAGAGAAGCAAGGAGCGUCGGCUAAAGCAGCUGACGUCCAUGGGACGAGGACCCUUCUACGGCGGAGCGCGCAAGAUGCGCGGAUUUCCCCUGAACAUGAGUCCCGGGUCUCUGGAUGACCAACAACCCGGAUUUCCUUACUUUGCCGGUUCGGCCGAGGUCAAAUUUGAGUUUGGCUACGGUCCUGGUUCGUUCCAUCCCGACUUUUUCGGACACCACGGACCACACCCGGGCGGACCCGGAGGACCUUUCGGACACCCCGGUGGCAUGGAUUCUAACCCUAUGUCCGGUAUGGGGCCGGAUUACCCGGGAAUGGGUCAAGACGCCCCGCCCGGCUUCAUCAACCAGCAACAGUCAGCCAACGACCAACAACUCGUGUCCCAAAGGCCGGGCAGUCCGUCGGAGUUUAUGGGCUCUCAAGGUGGAAGCAGUAGCGGUUUUUCGGAUGCACCAAACUUGCAGAGCGAAGGCUUGGUCUGGUGAUAGCAAAAUAAUCUAUAGUCAAUUAUUGUCCGCCCGCACAAUAAUUAUUGCCAACGUUAUGAUUUCAAAUUUGCCGGUAAAAUUCUCGUCACAGAACCAUGUGAUUAUUAUUAAAAAACACACUAUGUUAAGUCAUUGCCUGCCGGCCUAGAGGUAAAUCGCACAACGAUAACAAUGUAAUAGUACUAAUUGUCAGAAUAAAAAAACAAACCGUGCCAUAACGUCAUCACGAAAGCUGUAAUAUUUUUUAUUAAAUAUUAUUAUUAUUAUUGUUAUCGACAAUUUUAAUUUUAAUUUUAACAUUAUAUUUUGUUAUUGAAUACAUCACAAGAACACAUAGACAAACGAACGAGCACCAUACAUAAUAUUAUGUACGAAUUGAGCGAUGAAUAAUUUAUUGUUAUAAUUAAUAAAUAAAUUAUAUAUAUAUAUAUAUUUAUAUCAAUAAUAAUAUACCUACUUGACGAUUGUGUGUAGGAUAGACUAUAAAAAAAAAUAUAUAUAUAAUAUAAUACACUAUAAAACUUUUUUUACAAACCACUUGCUUUCUGGUCUGUGUAUAAAAAUUGUAUAAAUAAAAAAAUAUACACCAGGAAUCACUGAAUCGAUCGACAAAUCGAAAAAAUAAUAAUAUUGGAAACGGUACUCGAUUUCGUUUGUAUUAGAUCUCGAUAAGUGACGAGUAUAGCUUUUUAUUGUAAUACCAGCGUAAAAGAAUUAUAAACUAUAGUAAAAAUUACACUUUACAUAGUUUAUGUAUAUAUUAUAUAACUUUGAAUACUACAUCCGGGAAUUUUUUAUAAAAUAUUCGUGAAAAAAAAAAUUCAUAUUUCGUCCCACGUGUAAAAAUUGUAAUGAAACAAAUGAUAAUUCCCAAAAUUAUAUAUGUAUUUGUCAUACCGUAAUAUGUUAUUACUACUCUAUUUUAUAUGUAUAAAAUGUGUAUACUUGCAUAAAAAGUGUUUCUUUGUAUUCGUCCGCCAAAUGUAUGUAAACGGAAAAUGUACAUUUUUUUUUAGAUUUACGGCAAAAAAUGUUAUUGUUUUUACUAUUGUCCCAAAGUUGAAAUUAAUUUUUCCUUCUUUUUUUUUUGUUGUUAUUGUAUAUCUAUGUUCCCUAUGAUCAUCAA